UUGUGUAACAGGACCAUGAGCAAAAAGGAUUCAUCUCAGAAAUGAGAAGAGAUUAUUUGAGCCAGAUUUAGCUAUUAGCUAAUUUCCAUCUGCAGUCUUUGUGCAGGUACACACAGAACAAUCACAGCACACUAAAAAUAUUCUAAAAAUGCAACAUGAUUACAUAGUCUCUAGCACACACUAACAUAUAAAUACCAGCACAUUCAUCCAGUGCAACUAAAGAAUUGCACUUCAUGACAAUGAAAAAUUUGAUCCUGGUAAAAACUUAUGUCGACUGCCUAAUAUCUGGUUUUUGCACGGUGGAGAAAAGGAUGAAAGUUUUAAACUCAGCUGGAAGCAUAUUCCAGUGUUUGAUGGUAGUAAAUGAAAAUGCAGAUUGUGCAAAGCUCACUGGGAUGUUCAAGUCUGAGUUAAGAGCAGAUCAAGAGGCUCUCCACAUUUAAUCAGAGCUGGCCUUAUUAAGAAUUUUGAGACGCAACUCGAUAAUAUUUACAGCAUAGUCUCUUUUAUGUGAAAUAAGCAACCUUAAUGGAUGCAGCUUUUUGCGCGAGAAUGUUAAAGAAACAGGUAGAGGACAGGAAACUGGAGUGCAAGAUAGCUGGGUGGGGCCAAUACUGCUGAGUGAGACUGAUCUCUGUUCAUUCUCUUGGCUGGCAGUCAGUGCGUGUGCCCACUAUAGGAUCAUGGUCAGGAUGGCAGCAUGGGCAGCAGAGCCGGGCAGCGUUUGCCAGUGUGCCAGGGACAGAGGGGCAAGCCUAUUGAGAAGCAGUGUGAUGGACACAAUGGGUGCGACAGACUUGCUGCAUCAACAGGCUUUUUGCUGCUGUGGCCAGAAAUAAACCAUAAAUACCCCCACUGGCCUCAACCGACCGCUCGCCAGGCCUCCACACCCACACACACCCUCACACUGAGACAGACAGAAAAGAGAGAAAAGAAAGGAAAGACGGAGAGCGUGGCUUGUACGUGGUGCAGUGAAGCACAAGCCAUUCAGGUAAAAAUCAUCCCUCUCUCCGACAGGCCUUUCUCUUGUCUUCCCUCUCUAUCCCCUCUUCUAUCUGCAGCCAAACUUUUGCUUCUUAAGUCGCAUUUUAUGUGUGCAAGGCUUUGUUCUUACAUAAACAACAAGUAGGAUCUGAGUGAAAUGAACAAGUAAAGGUGUGCAAAUAACUUGCCGAUAGGGAAGAAUAUUAUGACCAAGCAGUUCUGAGAAAAACUGUUUAAUUUACUUGUGACUAUGUAUUUAAGCUUAUGCAUAAAAAUCAAUCCAAUGUCUGCAUUUAUAGCAUGAAACAAUGUGAUUGCUGUGCUUUGUAGAGGCAAAAUGACAGACCAGCAGGGAACCCCGGAUCAGCUGCCUGCAGAGAAGGGCCAAGGAGGGGCUGGAGCCACAUAUAAGUUGGCAGUUUUUGAGUUUGAGAACUUUCGUGGAAAGAAGGUGGAGUUGUCUGGUGAAUGUAAAGAUGUUUAUGAGAAGACGCAGAGGAUUUGCUCAGUCAUUGUGGAGUCAGGACCAUGGGUGGGGUUUGAGCGUCCAGGUUUUGCAGGAGAGCAGUUUGUCCUGGAGAAAGGAGAGUAUCCUCGCUGGAGCGCCUGGACCAACUGCCAGAGUAGCUACAACCUGAGCUCAUUCAGGCCUCUGAAAGUGGACAGCGCAGAUCACAAGCUGCACCUGUUUGAGAAUGCAGGCUUUGAAGGUAGAAAGAUGGAGAUUGUUGACGAUGACGUCCCCAGUCUGUGGGCUUACGGUUUCCAGGACCGUGUGGCAAGUGCUAAGGCUAUCAAUGGAACGUGGGUGGGAUACAUGUAUCCAGGCUACAGAGGGCGCCAGUAUGUGUUUGAGCAUGGAGAUUUCAAGCACUGGAACGAUUGGGGAGCCACUGCACCUCAGAUCCAGUCCGUCCGACGUGUGCGGGACAUGCAGUGGCACAAGAGAGGGUGCUAUAUUGCCCCUGCCCCUACACCUCCCAACCCCAACCCCACACCCAACCCUAAUCCCCCUCCCGACCCCAAUCCCAACCCAAAUCCCAAUCCUAACCCUGAUCCCAAAUCUCAAACUCAACCCCAACCUUAACACCAGCACCUCUGACACCAGCUGGGGCAGGCUAAAGGCAGCUGCCCAGUCCCCAGUCUCUCCACGACGCCCCCUGUUAGUCUAGCAUAUCUAACCAUGCAAUUUUGGAAAACUGUAACUGAGAAAAAUGAAACAUGUAAAUCUGUUGGAAAUAAAGGUUUUGGCCCUGA